AUGUAUCUCACUCUGUUCAUAUCUAUCUAUUUAUCUAUCUAUGAAUCUCACCCUUUUCAUAUCUAUCCAUCCAUGUAUCUCAUCCUGUUCAUAUCUAUCUAUCUAUCCAUCUAUGUAUCUCACCCUGUUCAUAUCUAUCUAUGUAUCUCACCCUGUUCAUAUCUAUCUAUCUAUCUAUGUAUCUCACCCCUGUUCAUAUCUAUCUAUCUAUCUCUAUCUAUGUAUCUCACCCUGUUCAUAUCUAUCUAUCUAUCUAUGUAUCUCCCUGUUCAUAUCUAUCUAUCUAUCUAUGUAUCUCACCCUGUUCAUAUCUAUCUAUCUAUCUAUGUAUCUCACCCUGUUCAUAUCUAUCUAUCUAUCUAUGUAUCUCACCCUGUUCAUAUCUAUCUAUCUAUCUAUGUAUCUCACCCUGUUCAUAUCUAUCUAUCUAUGUAUCUCACCCUGUUCAUAUCUAUCUAUGUAUCAUGUUCAUCUAUCUAUCUAUGUAUCUCACCCUGUUCAUAUCUAUCUAUCUAUGUAUCUCACCCUGUUCAUAUCUAUCUAUGUAUCUCACCCUGUUCAUAUCUAUGUAUCUCACCCUGUUCAUAUCUAUCUAUCUAUCUAUCUAUCUAUCUAUCUAUCUAUCCAUCCAUCCCUCUCACCCUGUUCAUAUCUGUCUAUCUCACUCUCUUCAUAUCUAUCUGUCUAUCUACACCUAUCUAUCCAUAUCUGUCCAGUGAAUUGUCAUGA